AUGGUGAGCUCGACAUAUAGCAAUGCGUCAGGUAAGGGCUGGAUAGUCCAGAAGUUUGGGGGUACGAGCGUCGGCAAAUUUCCUGACAAGAUUGCCCGUGAUAUCGUCAAGCUGCUUGCAGUCUAUACCAUUUUGAAGGAGGUUGGACUGGCCUACGCCACAUGUUCACCAGAGGAGCAAGUCGCCCUCAUUGAGCAGGCGAAAGGACUCAUCACAGAUAUCUGCAACGACCACGUCUUUGCGGCAGAGGCCUACAUCCAGGACCCCGGUUUAAGAGAAUCUCUUGCUCGCAGGAUCGAGGCUGAGUGCCAGGAGCUUAUUGAAUACAUUGUGGCCGCAAAACGCUUCAACCUCGAGAUCAAUUCAAGAGCCAAGGACCGCGUCAUUAGCUUUGGCGAGAAGCUUGCAUGUCUGUACAUGACGGUUCUCCUGCAGGAUGUCGGAGUUGACGCAGAAUACGUUGAUUUAUGCGACCUGUUGCAUUAUGACGCUUCCGCGCCCGUGGACUCCAGCUUUUACAAAACCGCCUCUACUGCUUUCGCGCGGAAACUCGACACGUGUGGCACUCGGGUACCUGUUGUGACGGGCUUUUUCGGCAAUGUCCCGGGCAGUCUUAUCGACGGCGACAUCGGGCGCGGCUACACGGAUUUGUGCGCGGGACUGUGUGCAGUUGGCCUCAAGGCGGACGAACUGCAGAUUUGGAAAGAAGUUGAUGGCAUAUUUACGGCGGAUCCAUCCAAGGUUCCAACGGCGCGGCUUUUGUCGUCGAUUACGCCGUCCGAAGCCGCCGAAUUGACGUUUUACGGGUCCGAAGUUAUUCACCACCUCACCAUGGAUCAGGUCAUUCGCGCUCAGCCUCCUGUGCCGAUUCGCAUCAAGAACGUCAAGAAUCCACGCGGAAAUGGCACCAUUGUCGUUCCCAAUCCCGUCCUUUCGGCAAGCCACCAGCUGCAUCGCAAUUCUCCGUCAGGGGCACAGUCUUGCAAGACCCCGAAGCGACCUACGGCUGUGACCAUCAAGGAUCACAUGAGCGUCAUAAACGUUCACUCCAACAAGCGCUCCAUAUCGCACGGGUUUUUCGCUCGGGUCUUCUCCAUCCUCGACAAGUACGCCAUCUCGGUCGAUCUCAUCUCCACAUCCGAAGUCCAUGUCUCUCUGGCCAUACACUCUGGAAGUACUCGCGUCGACAACUUCGCCAAUGCAAAGCAGAGCCUGGCUGAGUGCGGCGAAGUCAGCGUCUUGUCCAACAUGGCGAUUCUGAGUCUUGUUGGCGCGGAUAUGAAGAAUAUGAUUGGCGUCGCCGGAAAAAUGUUCUCCACGCUCGGCGAACACAACGUCAACCUGGAAAUGAUUUCUCAAGGUGCCAGCGAGAUAAACAUCUCGUGUGUCAUUGCGGCGCGGGACGCCACGCGGGCGAUGAACGUCCUCCACACGCACCUGUUUACGUUUCUCGAGUGA